AUGGAGCCCUCGCAGGUUGCCAUCAUCGGCAGUGGACUCAUUGGUCGCAGCUGGGCCAUGGUGUUUGCGGCUGGAGGCUUCAGAGUGAAACUUUAUGAUAUUGCACAACAGCAGCUAACGAGUGCACUGGAAAAUAUUUGCCAACAAAUGAAAGAGAUGGAGAAGUUGGGAGUCCUGAAAGGAGCUUUGAGUGCAGAACAGCAGUUGUCGCUCAUUAGCGUUUGUACAGACCUGAAAGCAGCAGUAGAGGGUGCUACUUUCAUUCAGGAAUGUACUCCAGAGAACCUGGAACUGAAAAAGAAGAUUUUUGCUCAGUUGGAUCUUAUUGUGGAUGACAGUGUUAUCUUGAGCAGCUCGACCUCUUGUCUCUUACCCAGCAAAUUGUUCACCGGCCUUAAACAUGUUAAGCAGUGCAUUGUGUCACAUCCUGUAAAUCCACCUUACUUUGUGCCAUUGGUUGAAAUUGUUCCUCAUCCAGAAACAGAUCCUUCUACAACAGAGAGAACCUAUGCCCUAAUGAAGAAGAUUGGUCAGUCUCCUGUCAAACUAAACAGAGAAAUUGAGGGGUUUGUUCUGAAUCGGCUACAGUAUGCAGUGAUAAGUGAAGCUUGGAGACUUGUGGGUGAAGGAGUAAUAUCUCCUACUGAUCUAGACCUUGUGAUGUCUGAUGGAUUGGGGAUGCGAUAUGCAUUUAUUGGACCUCUGGAAACCAUGCAUCUUAAUGCAGAAGGUGUUUCAAAUUAUUGUGAAAGAUAUGCUGAAGGAAUGAGACUUGUUCUGAACACCUUUGGGCCAGUUCCAGAAUUUUCAGGUGAAACUGUGCAGAAAGUCAAUCAGGCACUGUCUGAAAAAAUUCCAGCUGUUCCAAAAGUCCUGGAUGCCAGGAGAAAAUGGAGAGAUGAAUGUCUCACCGGUCUUGCCAAACUGAAAACACAAAUGAAAUCUGACUGAGGUGCACCUUGUCUAACAGGAGAGACCAAAUGAAGAGCAGAUCUUCAUAAAAAAGCAGAAAUUUUUGAUCAUGUGGAAGAGGAGACUGAAUGGGCAACCAAUGAUACAUGCACAUGGAGACCAAUGAAACAUUUGGUCCAAAUUUGCCAAAUUCAUGAAUGACUAGAAACAGUUAUUAAAAAGUUCAGUUAAAAUUUAUCAAAUUACUAUACAAAUGUUUUAGAUUUGUAAGCAUUAAGUAGCUUUAGCGCUGUUAAUAUUGUGCAUUGUAGGAACACAAUCAUGUUUUAAAUAAUGCAUUUUUCAACUUGCUUAGGAAUUCAGCACUCGAACAAUAUUUGCUAACGCAGGGAUCUGAAACAGGCAAACAUCAGCUGUUUGUCACUGGAGAAAAUAAGCUCUCCCCUGCCAGUCACUGUGCCAGUGAGGUUAAUUUGUAAAGCAGUGACUGCAGAUAGGAGUAGGUUGUAUUGAGCAAAGCUUGGUUUCACCCAACAGUGAACUGAGACCUCAGCAGUAGUUAAGGGUUACUUCAGUUCAAAUUUGUUACUGUUUCACAAUGUAGGGGAAAGAACUGCUCCUCCUUUCCCUCCCCUUGGCACUUCUGUACCUAUAAGGUGAUCUAAAUGAGAGUAAAUAGAGCAGAAUUCCCCCUCCAUCCCCUCCCCCUGGUUCUGUAAGACUUACCAGAGACCUACGUGGUCUUCAAGACCAUGCACUUGAGAGCCCGUGGCUUUGCUCAUUGAUGUUUGAUGCUGGCUCUUGGCAUCACUGCAUAAUUAUGUGCCCGAUUUUAUGACUUAUCUGUGAGAAAUAAGAGAUCUGGGUUUAGUAGCUGGUUUGGGAAACAGUAUGGUGUAGUACAUCUGUCUGGGCUUUCUCCAUGAACUGAACUAUCUUGGGAAACCAGUUCACCUCUCUGCUGCCAGGUCUGUUUUAUACAUUGGUUGAAGCAAGAUCUGCUUCUUUAGGACUCAGCUGUAGUGAAUGUAACAGUUGUAGCUGAAAGAACCCAGAUAUCUUAAGUUGGAACUAGAUGAUCUUUAAGGUCCCUUCCAACCUAAGCCAUUCCAUGAUUCUAAGAUUUGCUCUUUUGGUCCCCUAGAGAAGGAAAGAUACAAUGACUUAGAUGUAGCAUUUAUGCUUUACUGCACUGCUGUCCUUCCCUCAGGAGAUACAACACCUCCACACAUAAAAACACAGGAUACACCUGGAAGUAGGAUCAACCUCAGGUGCUACAGUGGCAUGUUUUGGUCUACUGCA